AAGGGGGAAAAGAAACUUAACCAAGCCUCUACUCAUCCUGAUUGGCUCAGGCUGGAAUUGUGGAGUGAAAAUACUGUAUGCAAGUCAAGGUAGAAAACGUGGUAGUCAAAAGUUGUGAAGUCAGACACUUGGAGAGCUACAAGAGAGAAAGAGGGCUGAAACUAGUCGGGCACUGUAGUAGGAAGGAGCCAGGAGAAGAACCCAAAGGGACUUGGAAGCUAAUUAUGAGUGCUGAUCAAAUUUCAUACUUGUUGGGCCAAGGAACAACAAAAACAUAUCAAAUUCCUGUUGAGCACCUGGACUACAAAUUUAUUGAAACAUGCAAAGAUAUUAAGCAUUUAGAAAAGAUUCUUACGAUAUUAAGGUCUGGUGAAGAAGGCUUUUAUCCUGACCUUAUAUUAUUUUGUGAAAAACGUAUUGAGUCUCUGGCUCCAAAUAGCAGAGCUCUGCGAAGAGAUAAACCUGCAGCCACUGCUUCUGAUUUUACUACUGAGGAAUGGGAGAAAAUAAAUAAUGAAAUCAAGAGUUGGAUUAUGGAAAUGAAAGAAGAGGAAUAUAAAAUACAGUAUGCAACAACUGAAGUAUUCAAGGAAAAAGUUGAAAAUAUGCCACCAGUUCGUAGUACAGAUAGCUGUUAUCCCACUAGUCAGAACAAAAUGUCAGGAAACAGACAAAUAAAGAAGAAAAACGUACCAAGGGACUACAGAGAGUGGGAUAAGUUUAACAUGGAAAAAGAAUGUUCCAAAAUUGAUGGAUAUGGAGAAAAUUAUUCUAACACCAGCUUUAGUAGUAACAAAGGAUUACCAAAAACUGAUAUAGACACAACAGGUAUGUCUACAAAAGAAAAAAACUUUAUUGCUAAUCGUGAAAAAGAAAAAGGAAAUGAGGCAUUUGUCACAGGGGACUACAAAGAAGCAGUUGUUUACUAUAUUCGGAGCAUAUCUGCAUUUCCCACUGUGGCUGCAUACAACAACAAAGCCCAGGCAGAAAUAAAACUUCAGAAAUGGCAUGUUGCUCUUCAGGACUGUGAGACUGUAUUAAAAAUGGACCCUGGAAACAUAAAAGCUCUUAUGCGCCGUGCUGCUGUUUACACCAAUCUACAUAAUUUCAGAGCAGCUGCAGAAGAUUUGAAGAAAGUGUUACAUAUUGAGCCAGAAAAUACCAUAGCUAAGAAAAACCUGUCAGAUAUUGAGAAGAAUCUAAAAGAGUCAGAACCUAUUUCUCAGACGCAAAUCAAGGGAAAAAGAAUACUUAUUCAAGAUAUAGAAGAAUUGGAUGGUGAUGAAGAACUAGGAAAUGAAACAGAACAUGAAAAUGGCAGUGGAGACAAGAAAACUGCUGUGCUAGUGGGAGGAGAGAUCACAACUGAGAAGACUGAAAUGGGGAAUGCACAGAAGAAGUUUUCCAGCAAAGGAGGUGGCUAUAAAUUUGAACCCAAGGAAGCACAGAAGCUCAGAGACCCUUUGGAGAAUAAUGUUAAAAAAGGCACACCUGAAAAAAUGAUAGCUAAAGUUUUACAAGAUUCUGAAAGAGAAGUAAAUGACUAUCUGGACAAUGAUAAAAAAAAUAGUGAAAACAGGGAAGUAACAUUGAAGAAUGCAGAAUCUUCAGCUGCUGGAAAAAGCAUUUCUGCUUUGCUUCCUCCCACUGCAGCAACACUGAAAGCUAGAGGAAAUGAAUUAUUUAAAAAUGGGCAAUUUGGAGAGGCCAUGCUCAGGUAUUCAGAAGCAAUUGAAAAUGUCAUCAAUUCUGGAACCCAAAGUCCAGAGGAUCUAAGUAUUUUGUAUUCAAACAGAGCAGCAUGUUACCUAAAAGAAGGAAACUGUGUUGACUGCAUUCAGGACUGUAACAGUGCACUAGAACUUCAUCCAUAUUCUCUUAAACCUCUUCUUCGACGAGCAAUGGCCUAUGAAUCCAUGGAACGGUAUCGGCAAGCAUAUGUUGAUUAUAAAACAUUACUACAAAUAGACAGUGGAAUCCAGGCAGCAAAUGACAGUGUUAACAGGAUAACAAGAACUUUAAUAGAUCAGGAUGGCCCAAAUUGGAGGGAGAAGCUAUCCCCAAUUCCUGUUGUUCCUGUUUCUGCUCAGUUACACUGGUGGCAUGGAGGAAAUAUUACUUCAGAGACAAAGCAAAAGAAAAAUGCAGUCAGGCACGGAGAUCAACAGUCACAGAUUCCUGAUGAAAAGUCAGAAGAAAUGUUCAAAUCUCUUAAGAGUAAAGGGAAUGAGCAUGUGAAAAAGGGUAACUAUGAGGAAGCACUGAUAAAGUACAAUGAAUGCAUUAAGUUAAAUUCCCAGGAACAGACCAUCUACACUAACAGGGCCCUUUGUUACUUGAAGCUGUUUCAAUACGAAGAAGCCAAAAAGGACUGUGAUUAUGUUCUUCAGAUUGAUGAAUCUAACAUAAAAGCUUUAUACAGAAGAGCUCUAGCAUACAAAGGUUUACAAAACUACAAAGCCAGUACUGAUGAUCUGAAUAAAGUUCUUCUAAUAGAUUCAAGUAUUGAUGAAGCAAAGAAGGAGCUGCAGGAAACAACACUGUUGCUUAAACUAAAAAAGGAAUGUACAGACAAUGGAAAACAAAAGCAAAGGAAAAAAAUUGAAAUCCAAGAGGUGAAUGAGUGUGAGGAAGAGGAAGAUGGAGAGGCCUGUGCUUCAGAUAAUUCUACAGUAAAUCGCCACAGCACUAAAGGAGAGCCUGAAACAACUGUGCCAUUGAAUAGCUCAGAAAAGCUAAUCAUUUCUAAGCCAUCAAAUGCCUAUGAAUUUGGUCAGAUUAUAAAUGUUGUGAAUGCCAGUAAGGACGUCACUGCUUGCGCAGAGCUCUUAACAAUGAUUGAGCCAAAAGAUUUACCAGUUCUUCUAAGCAAUAAACUAGAAGGAGACAUUUUUCUAAUCUUUAUCCAAGCCCUCCAGUCUGAUGUAUUUUGCCAGAAUCCUGGACUGGUGUACCACCAUCUUGUCCACCUGAGUAAAGCAGAAAGAUUUAAGAUGGUGCUGACACUUCUUAAUAGGAAUGAAGUGGAACAGGUUCAACAACUGUUUGAUUCUCUUUCCAAAGAACAAAACCAAAAAUUUUCUUUUGAUGAUCUGGAGAGCCUUAAGAGAGACUUUGAACUUUAAACAACUUCAUUUUGGAACUGCCUGUUUCAGGAUGAGCAUAUAAGCUGUGCUGACUUGCAUGAGGUAAAUAAAGUCAAUCUUUUAUCUGGACUGGUCAAUAUGCUGUACAUUUUUUUUACAGUACUUGCACAUUAAAAGUCUGCCCUUCUGUCUUGUAUAUAUUUUAUCCUACUGAGUACAUGUGCAUGAUUUUACAUUAAUGGGCCUGUUCACUCACCAUUUUGCUCCUACAAUUAUACAGAGAGAAAGAAUUAGGAGCACAGGACUCAGGCUUGUGCAUUCCCUAAAAUGUGGGUCCUAUAUAAGAAUAUAUUGAUCAAAUAAUUAGAGUGUAUGCAACUACAUCAAAAUGUAUUCAUGAGGCUGAAUAUAGCCAUCAGUUUGUACAUAUUUUUGGUUAUAUUGCUUUUUCUUGUAAUACAGGAGACUCUUCUAAGUUGCAACUGUUCAGAAAUGUUUUUGGAUAUGUAGUGCAAUUGAUGGAGAACAUCUUGUAUGAAAACCCCAUUGACUGAAUGGGAAUUGUGUGUCUUUCUUUUUCAGUGGGGCUUGUGCUGAAAUACUUUCCUAGUGCCUACAGCCUUCAUUUCUUCUCUACUAUGUAAAAUGACCUCUAUACAUAUCUAACUGCAGUGCAGCGGAAACCUACUUUUGCUUCCACCAGUCACCAGUGUCCUUGUUCAGACACUCACAUCCAGGUCCAAUUGAGUGUGGCUUCAAAGGAAAACACUGUACUCUUCUUAAACUUCUGUGUCAGUGCUACUAACCUAAAAAUGCGCAGUAAAAUGCUUUGUGGCACUGAAUGUAUACAGCUACAUUGGCACUGUAGUAAGCAGGUUCCACAGAGGGACAGUUUGACCUUCUAUUUUGUGUCUUCUAUGGUAUAUAAAAUACUUUUUUAUCACUUGUAGACUACUGAUGAACAACAAAGAUGAAGCAGAAUAGACUACUUUAUGUUUUGAAGCAAUAGGAGUUUUAAACUGGAGCCUAGUAAUUUAUUAUUAGUGUGCAUAUCAAAUUUUAUCAUGGGAUUGCUCAGGUACUUGCACUAUUUUGAAGGUAAUAUAGUCAGUAACUUUUUCCUUUAUUAAAUAACCUAUAUUUAACAUCUCUGUUGUCUUAAGAGCUUACCCUGUUGAAAUGUUUCCUCGAAGAACCCUUACAACAAAAUAUUUAUUUAAAAAUAAAGAUAUUUGGCAUA